UUUGUGCACCAAAAAAUAUUUUUUUCCGUUAUUUUUACAAUCAUCAUAAAUAAGAGAAAAUGAUUCAAGGAUCCAAUGCCAAUUUUAAAGUUAUGGAUACAAGUACACUAAUUAGCCACUCUGCAAAUCACGACGCAAAUAAUCUUUUUUAUCAUGCCAUUAAGACUUUGAAUUGGGGUGUAAUAAAAAAAUAUUUGAAAAAUGGAGCUGAUAUUAAUGGUAGUUUGGUAUCAAGUGGUCCUCAAGCUGGUUACACAGCAUUGCAUCUCGCAUGUAUGGAAAAACAUCAAUAUAAAGCAUUAAAAUUGUUACAAAUGUUCAGUCCAGAUGUCAAUGUAGUGGCUGACGACGGAACCCAACCGAUUCAUAUCGCUUGUUUAUUUAGAAAUGAAAAGAUCUUUUGUAAGUUAUUAGACGCUGGUGCUAAUGUUGAAGCUGAGCUGACGCAAGAUCAUUUGAAAAAUUUCAAGUAUUUCGUAUGGUCUGAUGACUUUAAUGGUAAAAUGACGCUACUAACUUUUGCUGUUCUUAAUGAUCGAUUUGAAUAUAUUGAAACUUUGUUAAAACACAACGCUAAUAUUAAGGUCACUAGUACUAAUAAAAAAACACUAUCGAUGUAUGCUGUUGAACAUAAUAGUUUUUGUUCAUUUAAUUUCAUUAUGUCUAAGUUGAAUGAUCGAGAGCUUAUAAACGCUCGCGAUAAUAAUGACAAACAUGUAGUGUUACAUUAUAUAUUGGACGCGGAUAAGUAUGGAGGUUUUCGAUUUGACGAAAAACAACAGUGGCAUAAGGAUGACCAUUUACAUGCUCUAGAUGCAUUAAUUCAUGCCAGUGUUGACAUUCAUGCAACUGUAAAAGGAGAUCGAAGCACAUUGUUCAUUAAUGUUGCAGCUUAUAGAGGUUGUUAUGAAAUUGUACAAUUGUUACAGGCUUAUUACGCAUUUGCUGGAAAAUCCAGAAAUUUAUUCUAUGCUACUCGCCUAGUUGAAGAUCUUGACAAAUAUUUUCGUAAGCACAAAAACUUAUUUGGUAACAAUUAUUCAAGAGACAAAAUCGAUAGUCAGAGACAAUCAAAUCUUGAAUCCAUUCUAACAGAGUUGGUUAGCAGAUGCACAUUUGGUUUACCCGCACUCAAAAAAGAAAAAAAAGUAAUGAAAAGAUUAAUGGUUAAAAAUUGUGAAAUCAUAAACGUUGUAUGUAAUCACGUGAUAUAUUUUAUCCAUGGAACUUUGAAGAAAACAAUAAUUACAUUUGGAAAUCAAAGUAUGACGCUUUACGAUCUGGCUGUGAAAGUUUUCAAUAAAAAAACUUUAUUACGAUUGGUGAGAAAUGAAAACUUCAUUAUUGCUUUCAAAGAUGUUUAUGAAAAAAUGAAGUCCUAUGGCAUACGAAAUGAAGAGUUUUUAGUCAUGCUCGCCCUGAGAAUUGAGAAAGGUCAAAUAAGGAUUGAACUUUUGAAAAAAGUUAAAGAAAUUGCACAACUGACUGAAGCAAUACCUUUGCCUUAUGAAAUUAUAUUAGAGAUUAUUGAGUUUCUUGAAAACGAAAACUUGGAAAUACUUAUUAAUGCUUUUGAUGCUCAAUUUCAAUCACUUCAACAAUCUUAUACCUCAUUUUUACUAAAAAAUUAAGUAUGUUCCUACUAAAAUGAUAUGAAUUGUAUGUAAUUACUAAUUACAUACAAUUCAUAUCAAUUACUAAUUGGCUGCGUUCAAGUUUACUGAGUUCUUAGCAGAUCUGAGCAUAUCUUGUAGCAACAACUUAAAUUAACUAUAUUAUUUUUUUUUUUAAUCUAUAAUAAAACAAUGCAAGGUAUAUUUAUUUAAGUGUGUUUAAAAUUAAUUUUUUUGGUAGAUAAAGUCAGCCCUGCUCAGAACUUAGUAAACCUGAACGCAGCCAUUAGUUAUGUAAUAGUAUUAUU